AUCCCUCGCAUCCGCUGUUCAGGGGCCAGCCUUCUCUGCCCCGGUCCUUAAAUACUGGUCACCUCCUCCUCCCAUCCCUCGCAUCUCUCUCGACCCACACAACCAUUGUUCAGUCUUCUUCCUCAUUUCCUCUCCUCUCCAUUCCAGUGAAUACUCAACAGAUAUUCUCAGCUUCGGAAGCGUGCACACAGGCAGGGAAGCAAGUACAGGUGGGUGACUGCUCGCAUCGACACCAUGGCAAACACCACGGCCAACGCUCGCGAGAUCCGGCGCUUGCAACGUGCGGAUGGACCCGCGGCCAUGCUGGCCAUCGGCACGGCAAACCCACCAAACUGCGUGUCCCAGGACGAGUACCCCGAGUACUACUUCCGUGUCACCAAGAGCGAGCACCUCGCGGAGAAGCUGACUGACACACUCAAGAUAAUAUGCGCGCUAACGGGGAACGAGAGGCGUUUCAUUUACAACACGGAGAAAAUGUUGAGCGCCCACCCCGAGUUCCUCGACCGCGCAUUGCCGUCCCUCGAACAACGCCUCGCCAUCGUUGCGGCCGCCGCUCCAGAGCUCCUUGCAGCAGCCGCGACCAAGGCCAUCGCCAUUUGGGGGCGUCCAGCCACCGACAUCACCCACCUCAUCGUGGUCACCAACUCCGGAGCCGGAGCCCCAAGCGCUGACGUCCACUUGGCUACUCUUCUGGGCCUCCACCACAAUGUCCGCCGCACGGUUCUCCACCUCAACGGCUGCUUCGCCGGCUGUUCUGCUCUGCGCUUGGCAAAGGACCUUGCCGAGAACAACCGCGGCGCGCGCGUCCUCGUGGCCUGCGUCGAGCUCAUGAGUGUCGCCGGCUUCCGUGGCCCCGACCUAAGUGAAGACAGCGUCAACAACCUCAUCAGAAACACAGUGUUCGGUGAUGGCGCCGGCGCGGUGAUCGUCGGUGCCGACCCCGUGGAGCCCGUCGAGCGCCCGCUCUUUGAGAUGGUGUCCGCAUCACAGACCGUGGUACCCAACACCUUGCAACUGCUGUCGACGGAGCUCAAGACCUACGGCCUCGAUGGAAAUGUUUCCACCAAACUGCCAAAACUGGUGGCAGACAGCAUCAAGCAGUGUCUACUUGAUUCGUUCGGUCCGCUUGGCAUCGAGGUCAAAUGGAAUGACCUCUUCUGGGCGGUGCACCCUGGUGCCAUUGCCAUCUUGGACAAGAUUGACAGGGUUCUCCUGUUGGAGCCCGGGAAGCUGAUGGCCAGCCGGACCGUUGCGCGAGAGUAUGGGAACAUGCUUAGCGCGACCAUCAUCUUCGUGCUCGAUGAGCAACGUCGUCGAAUGGAGGAGGAAGGAGAGUGGGCUGAGUGGGGGGCCAUGGUGGGGUUUGGACCGGGUUUUACCAUGGAGACAAUGGUGCUUCAGGCCACCAGCAACCUCAAGAAAAAAUAAUUAGCACUUCAUUCUGCUACAAUAAGGCUAUACCAGCAUUCAUGUUAUUAUCCGUAUCGAUCCUUCAAAUUUGGUGAGGCGUUUCAGAAAUGACUACUAUCUGUCGAAACAAAGUGAAGCAGGUGGAGACAAAAAUAUCCUGGCAAAAAGUGAAGAAGAAGAUGGAGCGCCUGUGACCGAAGAAGAAGUUCCUUCCUUUUGGCUUAUCGCUGUUCUUGCUCUUGCAGCUCCUGUUUACCUAUCUUCAGUGGUUGGUCUGUAGUAAUAGCUAUGUUUAUGUGCUCAUGCUGUCGCUGGACUCGCUGGCUGUCUGUAGUAGUAUAAGAAACAUCUUAAAUGUUGCUUCUCCUUUCCUGGGUACUACCAGCUGAUGGUGGUCUGGAGCUCUUGUUGAGCUUCGCUUAGACCAUGAUCAGCUUGUCUGUCUAGGUGCCCCAGGGAUAUCCUAGUUUCUGUUUGUUUCCUGUGUAGUCGUUGUAACAAGACAAUGGUGUUUUCUGAUAAUGGAGAUCUUUUAUCGAAAAAUAAA